ACAAAAAUAAAAUACAGCACAGAUGGAUCUCACAUACAAACAGGACUUAACAUGAACAUUUCUUCUGAGUAUGCAUAUCCAAAGAAUCCAAAUCUACCAUUACCACUCUCAGAUCUCAGAAGUUUUCCUCAAGGAAAGAGGAACUGUUACCGAUUAAUUGCCGGAAGAAGAGGCAGUUUACAUUUAAUAAGAGCUUCUUUCUUGUAUGGAAACUAUGAUGGAGAAAACAAACUACCUGAAUUUGAUCUCUAUAUUGAUGUCAAUUUUUGGUCAUCGGUGAAAUUCAGAAAUGCUUCAGAAGAAGUUACAUUGGAAAUAAUAAGUGUGGCGAAAUCGGAGGAAACAAAUGUUUGUCUUGUGAAUAAAGGAGAUGGAAUUCCUUUUAUAUCAGCAUUGGAACUUAGACCAAUUAAUAAUUCAAUUUAUAACACUGAGUUUGGUGAAUCUGCUUCACUUUUACUUUACAAAAGAUUUGACAUUGGAUUAAUCAAUGGAAGUGGUAGAUAUGAAGAUGAUGUUUAUGAUAGAAUUUGGUUUCCAUUUAGUUCCUCUUCGUGGAAAUCUUUAAACACUUCUUCAGAAAUUGAUGUUAAUGGAGAUGGAUUUAAAGUACCAUUUGAAGUUAUUAGAACUGCUGCUACGCCAAGGAAUGAAAAUGAUAGUUUGGAAUUUUCUUGGAUUCCAAGUAAUCCAAAUUUGAAAUUUUAUGUCUUUUUGUAUUUUGCUGAAGUGGUGAAACUUAAGAAAACUCAGCUGAGAAAAUUCAAUAUUUCUUGGAAUGGUUCUCCUUUGACUAAAUCAUUAGUACCAAGCUACUUGUACGCAACCACUGUUUUUAAUUUGAAGUCGUUGGUGGCGAACGAGCAUCGAAUUUCAAUACAGAAAACCGAAGAUUCGACACUUCCACCUAUUCUUAAUGCAGUGGAGAUUUAUGUACUAAGACAAGUUGAAGCACUUCCAACAUUUGAAGAAGAUGUUGAAGCUAUAAGGAGCGUAAAAGAAAGUUAUAGAGUUCAAAGAAAUUGGGUAGGUGAUCCAUGUGAACCAAAGAACUACACUUGGGAGGGCUUAAAAUGCAACUACAGCACUUCACUUCCUCCAAGAAUUGUAUCACUGAAUCUGAGCAGAAGCAGUCUGAGUGGGACAAUAGCUCCUGCCAUUUCCAACCUGUCUUUCUUGGAAUCUUUGGAUUUAUGUAACAAUAGCUUAACUGGAUCAAUGCCUCAGUUUUUGGAAGAAUUGAGUUCCCUUAAAUAUUUGAAUUUAAGAGGCAACCAACUUUCAGGUUAUGUCUCUACCACUCUCUUACAAAGAUCAAAGACUGGAUUACUUACUUUGAGGUAUGUCCUAUAAAAGAAGACCAUGAUAUGC